AGUUUCUGUAUGGCGAUGGAGUCUCACUCAUCAUCGAGAUUCAUGUGGAUUUGCCUUUUUAUUAGUUGGAUUUGAAUUGCUUUCUUUGCGAUGCUUUGCCGGUACUCGGGGUGGAACUUGAGGAAUAACUCAUGUUCUUAGCUCCAAGGGGUAGUACGGAGAUGUUGAUCUACUCCCGAUCAUUUGUUGGUUUGAUUGACCUCUUGAUGGCACGAUUUGUCUGCUCGAUAUUUCUUCUAUCCAACGAUCGGACUUGUCUCGAUAUGAUGGUUUUUAGGGUCGAAGUCCCGUUUGGGAAGGCGGAAUCUGUCCGCAUAUACUAUAGAGUUCGAGACUACACCUAAAUAAACCUACCCCUCAACCCCAAACGAACUGUGUCAUAUCUCACUGCA